AUGUACAAAGUUGAUUUAGUAGAUUCAUCAGAAUUCAAGGAUGGUUCUAAGUACUAUAAACAUCUAUUGAAAACAUAUUGUCAAUGGAAUGUAAUAAAGUAUUUGGUGUAUAGUAUAAUAUGGUUGAUUGGGGGUAGAGUAAGAUUGAUAAUAUAAUGUGAGAGAUAUCAAUAGUAUAUUAAAUACAAGGAUUGUAUGUAAUAGUGACAGGAUUUGUAUUAAUAUUUUGUAAUUUGGGAACAAGA